CUUCCUCUCCCGCAGAUGUUAGUCCUUCGCCAUGAGCGACUGGUCGUACCUGUCCAAUCUUCUCCACAAGGUCCAAGCUCAUUCCACGGUGGUGGGAAAGAUCUGGAUGAGCGUCCUCUUCGUGUUCAGGAUCUUCGUCCUGGGCGCCGCCGCGGACAACGUGUGGGAUGACGAAUUGUCCGAGUUCUACUGCGACUCGAAAGAACCGGGAUGCAAAAACUCCUGCUAUAACUGGUUGUUCCCCAUGUCCUACGUGCACUACUGGGUGCUGCAAAUCACCUUCGUGUCGACCCCCACGCUGGUCUACCUGGGCCACGCCGUCUUCAUCAUCCACAAGGAGAAGAAAACCAUGCGGCUGGAGCAGAGCAAGAUGAACGGGAAGCCAGCAAAGACAUCCAAGUACACGGACGAAAGAGGCAAGGUGAAAAUUAAAGGCAUCUUGUUUUACACCUACCUGACCCAGCUGGUGUUCAAGAUCCUCCUGGAGGUGGGCUUCACCGCCGGACAGUUCUACGUCUUCGGCCCUCUCAAGGUGGUCUCGGAUUUCCACUGUAAGAAUUCGCCGCCCUGCGCGCUGGGGAGCGGUUCCAGGUGUUAUGUUUCUCGCCCCACCGAGAAGACCAUCUUCAUCUACUUCAUGCUGGCGGUUUCGGGCCUUUCGGCGCUCCUCAAUGUGGUGGAGAUCGCCUACCUGCUGUGCAACAAGAGGCGAAGCGCAAAGAAAAAGAUGGCGGCCGCGACUCACGUGCUCAUGGCCGCGCCGUGUGCGCCGGCCAAGCCCACGUGGGGAACAAACCAAUACAGGGGCUACCCCCUGCUGCCUCUACAUCCUCAGGUCACCUCGCGCUUAAGCGGCGAUGACGCUCACAUCCACUCGGAGUGACAACCAGGACAACUCGAGCAUCAAACGGAGCGUUAUUUCCUACUUGCUGUUCUUCCGAGAGGUGUCAUUAAACCUGCGUGUGUAUAUAUAAGCUUUUAUGUGAACUCUUGUGGUCAGUUCCCAAAAUUGACAUUUUUUUUAUAUUCCUCUUGUAUUUGACUCUGAAACUUCAAAUUGAAUUAAAAUGCGUGUCAAUUCUGUGGUGUAAUUGUGUACAGCAUGACGAUAGAGUCGCGGGGCGAUACGUCAUGAGUGUGCGCCGAGAGCGGGAGACGAGAGAGUGAUUAGAGAGAGGAUACACGUUUCGAAAAAGCUCAAUAAAGUUACCCACGUUAACACGA